CAAACACGAACGAGUCGAGGAAGAGGGAGAAGAAGAAGACGAAGAGGAAGAGGGUCUCACCUCACCUCACCUCACCUCACCUCUGAUUCAGAUUCGGAGAACCUUUCAUUCUGCGUUGCUCUCGCAUCCACAUUCUCUCUCUCCCCCUUUCUUCUUCUUCUUCUUCUUCCAUUUUCAAUCAAUCAAUGCAAUCGCAAUUUCUAUAAUCAAUCGCUCUUCUUCCAAUUCAAUUCAAUUCAAUUCAUCAUCAUAUAAUUUAACAAAUAAUCUGCAUUUUGAAUUAGAAGAAGGCGAAGAUGAGCGUGAUUUCUCGGAACAUUUGGCCUGUUUGCGGAAGCUUGUGUUUCUUCUGCCCUGCCUUACGUGAGAGAUCAAGGCAUCCUAUUAAACGUUACAAGCAUUUGCUUGCUGAUAUCUUCCCUCGCACUCAGGAAGAGGAACCUAAUGACCGGAAGAUCAGUAAACUUUGCGAGUAUGCCUCGAAAAACCCUCUCCGAGUUCCCAAGAUUACUAGCUAUCUCGAGCAAAGGUGUUAUAGGGAGCUGAGAAAUGAGAACUACCAAUCCGUCAAAGUUGUCAUUUGUAUCUACAGGAAGUUGCUGGUUUCUUGUAAAGACCAAAUGCCUUUGUUUGCAAGUAGCUUGCUUAGCAUUAUACAGAUUCUUCUUGAUCAGACACGGCAGGAUGAUGUGCGGAUUUUAGGCUGCCAUACCCUGUUUGACUUUGUGAACAAUCAGAGGGAUGGUACUUACAUGUUUAAUUUAGAUGGGUUCAUUUCAAAACUUUGCAAUCUAGCUCAAGAAAUGGGAGACGAUGCAAAGAUACAACAUUUGCGUGCUUCUGGACUUCAAGUCCUUUCAUCAAUGGUUUGGUUCAUGGGUGAAUUCACUCAUAUUUCAGUUGAAUUUGACAAUGUUGUUUCAGUUGUUUUGGAAAAUUAUGGGGAUUCUCAAACUGGGAAUGCGAUGAGGCUUUACUCAUGGAGAAUGAUAGUGAAUGACAGAGGAGAAAUUAAUGUUCCUACGGAGGAUGCCAUUAACCCUGGAUUCUGGUCUCGAGUUUGCAUUCAAAAUAUGGCAAAGUUAGCCAAGGAGGGUACAACUGUACGACGUGUUCUGGAAUCAUUGUUCCGUUAUUUUGACAAUGCCAAUCUCUGGUCUCCAGAAAAUGGGCUUGCUCUUCCUGUCCUGUUUGACAUGCAGUCUAUAAUUGAACAUGCUGGACAGAAUACACACUUGUUAUUGUCCAUUCUAGUAAAGCACCUGGAUCACAAGAACGUCUUAAAGAAUCCUAAUAUGCAGCUUGACAUUGUUGGUGUUAUUACCCAUCUUGCUCAACAAACAAGGGUUCAACAAUCUGUGGCUAUAAUUGGUGCAUUGAGUGAUAUGAUGAGACACCUGCGGAAAAGCAUACACUGCUCUAUUGAUGAUUCGAAUUUAGGGACAGAAGUAAUAGAAUGGAACCAAAAAUAUCGAACACAAGUAGAUGAAUGCCUUGUACAAUUAACCAUUAAGAUUGCAGAUGCAGGUCCUGUUCUUGAUACCAUGGCUGUGCUGCUGGAAAACAUGUCUAAUAUAACUGUUAUGGCUAGAACCUUGAUUUCUGCAGUUUAUAGAACUGCUCAAAUAGUUGCUUCAAUACCAAAUUUGUCAUAUCAGAACAAGGCAUUCCCUGAGGCAUUAUUCCAUCAGUUACUCCUAGCCAUGGUCCAUGCUGACCAUGAAACCAGGGUUGGUGCACACCGCAUAUUUUCUGUUGUUCUUGUGCCAUCAUCAGUUUGUCCUCAACCUUCUUCAAACCCCCCCUUGACAAAGGCGACUGAUAUUCAAAGAAUGCUCUCAAGGAAAAUGUCUGUGUUUUCUUCCUCAGCUGCACUCUUUGAGAAAUUGGAGAGGAAACAACAUUCCUUGUUAGAAGAUAGUCAUUCAGAUGGAAAGAACAAUGAUAACACCGUCUUGAACAGAUUGAAGUCAACUUAUAGUCGGACCACUAGUACAAGAAAAUCUGCAGUGACAGCUAGUGAAUGUAUAGAUAACAGGAACUUAAAGAAUAGUUCUACUGUGAUGAAUAGAUUGAAGUCAAGUUACAGCCGAGUUACUAGUAUGAAAAAGCCUCAAUUAAACGUAACUAGUGAAGAAAAUAGUGAUAGUUCUGAUAAACAACAGGUAUUACCCAUUAGGCUGAGCAGUCAUCAGAUUACCCUUUUGCUAUCAUCAAUCUGGGCCCAGUCUAUCUAUCCUCUGAAUACGCCUGAAAAUUUUGAAGCAAUUGCUCAUACCUACAGCCUUGUCUUGCUAGUUGCUCGGAGCAAGAAUUCCUCUCAUGAGGCUCUAAUUCAAAGUUUUCAGUUGGCAUUUUCCUUGAGGAGCAUUUCUCUCAAUGAAAAAGUUAAACUGCAGCCGUCGCGCCGCAGAUCUCUCUAUACACUAGCAACAUCCAUGAUUAUCUUCACAUCCAAGGCCUACAAUGUCGUCUCUCUCAUUUCUAUCGCUAAAAUGGCACUGACAGAUAAAACAGUUGAUCCAUUCCUGCAGCUGCUUAAUGACAGCAAAUUACAAGCUGUUACUGACUCAGUUAGGCAGCCAAGUAAAGUUUAUGGAUCGAAAGAGGACGAUGAGGAUGCUUUAAAGACACUUUCAUCCAUUAAAUUAACUGAAAGCCAGUCUAAAGAAUCAUUUGCUACUAUGAUAGUGCAGAGUCUGGGAAAACCUUCAAAUGAAUCAUCUUCCCUAAGAGAGCGUCUGCUUAAUGAUUUUUCACCUGAUGAUGCUUGUCCAUUGGGAGCUCAGUUAUCUCCUGAGACAGCAGGAAAUAUUUACCAGUCUGGACUAAAGGAUGAUAAAGAUCCUGAUAUGGUAGAUAUUCCAUUAUUUACAAUUGAUGAUGACAUUCAAGCUUCUGGUUUGGAAAUCCAAGCUUAUCCUAAUGCACAGCAGCAGCCUUCAGAAAAUCCAAGCGUGCUGAGUGUUGAUGACAUUUUGGGUUCGGUUUUGGAGACCACACAUCAAGUAGGAAGGAUUUCUGUUUCGACACCUUGUAACAUGCCUUACAAAGAAAUGGCUCUCCAUUGUGAGGCCCUCCUCAGGGGAAAGCAUCAGAAGAUUUCCACUGUGAUGGGUGCCCACCCCUUUCCUUCAUUUAGAAUUCCUGCGCCUGACCACAACCAGGAGAAGGACGAGUACUCAAAUUACAAUGUCCAACUGAGUUUGCCUAUGAAUGGAAACCCGUUCUUGGAUGCAAACUUAAGCUCCACUUCACACAACACAUUGCCUGACACUGGUCUAAAGCUUUGUGCAACAGCAUACCAGCACGAAGCUGCCCUAUUUCAACUACCGGCAUCACGCCCAUAUGAUAAUUUCUUGAAGGCUGCCGGUUGCUGAUUCAUGACAAAGAAGAUGGUGAUUCUUCUUGAUAAAGCUGCCCUCGCAUUAGUUGAUAUACAACCGACUCAGAAAAGUUUCAUUAGUUGCUUUCUUAACCAUGGAUUGGCAGCAAUAGUUAUUGUUGUAUCAGUGAGUUGUUGAGAAGCACAACUAUCUCACAUAAUCUUGUCUCUUCUGCAAUGGUUUGCUUCUAGCAAGGAGGUGUAUCUUUUCUUAACGUCCUUGCAAAUUUUUCAGAGCUGUGUUUAUAUGUUGUGCAUAGGUUACUUGUCAUGUGACUGAGUACAUUUUUUUUUCCUAAUCUUCAUUAUUCUUUAAUUUCUCAUUCCAUUAUUGGGGUAUGAGAAUUUUGUAAAGACAAGUAUCGUAGACAGAUUCGAUAAUGCAAAUCAUCAAAUGAAACCAUAGGAGAACCAUUGAAAUUUGGUCAUCCUGGAA